AUUAAAAAGCAGCAACAAGAUGUGCUGGGCUUCUUGGAAGCCAACAAAAUCGAAUUUGAGGAGAAGGAUAUCGCGGCCAACGAGGAGAAUCGGCGGUGGAUGCGGGAGAACGUGCCCGAGGACAGGCGGCCGGCGAGCGGCCCCUUCCCACCCAAAUGAUUCUCCCAGUCCUGCAGGAGGGAGGACUAUGAAGCUUUCUUUGAGGCACGAGAGAACAAUGCAGUAUAUGCAUUCCUAGGCUUGACUGCACCACCUGGCUCAAAGGAAGCUGAAGCACUGGCAAAGCAGCAAGCGUGA